CAAUACAUUAAAAUCAAGUUUCAACGUAAUCAAACAUUACAAACCAAAUGUCGUAUCAAUCUAUGUUAAGGGUCAAACUCGCAGUAUUCAGCAAGAACUACAGACCUAGGCAUUAGACUACUGUACUUAUGGUCAAUUACUCAAAACUUUUAGGGGUGGUUUAUAAAUUACACAAAUUUCAUGGUAGCUACUUGUAAUGAAUGAAUCAUUUUAGACAUUCCCGUAUUUUUCGCGUCAAAGAAGGGACGGUUGUAUUUCGCAAACUGCCGUUAAUUAACAAGUCUGCCAAAGGGUUCAACUCUGACAGCUGCGGAUAUCUUGUUCAGCGUCCAAUGGCCGCAGCAGAAACUCUGAUUCAAAAGAUAGGUAAAGCAGUGAAGGAAGUGGCGAAAACCAGAAGCUCAGAAUGGUGGUACACUCCUCACAUGGCCGCAGCUUCUCGCGCAAUUGACGAGCGCAUCCCACUCGUUGAUCUUGUUCUUGAAGUUAGAGACGCUAGGAUUCCACUCUCAUCGGAAUAUUUGCAAUUGAGAAAAUUCCCAUCUUCCUCAAGGCGCGUCAUUGUGCUGAAUAAGAUGGACCUCGCUAACCGCCCCCAGACAAAGGAGUGGUUGAGGUUCUUUGAGGAACAGAAAUGCAUGGCUUUUGGAGUAAAUUCACAUAACAGGGAGAAUAUCAGGGAGUUUCUGACCUUUCUACAAGGCAGAGUCAGAGAAUUGAAGAAAAAGGAUGGUACUGCUCAUGCCAUAACAUUAAUGCUUGUUGGUAUUCCUAAUGUGGGUAAAUCUGCAUUAGCCAACUCUUUGCAUCAGGUUGGAAGGAUUGCUGCAGCAGAGAAAGGGAAGUUAAAGCAUUCUGUUGUGAGUCCACAGCCAGGGGAGACAAAGAGUAUAAGCAGCUUAAAGAUUGCAAGUCAUCCUAAUAUAUAUGUCUUAGACACACCAGGUGUAUUGCCUCCUAACGUGAUUGAUGAUGGUAUCUGCUCUAAGCUUGCUUUAACAGGAGCCAUCAAAGAUAGUGUGGUUGGGGAAAUACAACUUGCUGAAUAUUUUCUUUCCAUCCUUAGCUUGAGCGACGAAUACAAGAAAUGGGGAACUUUACCUGGUUUUGAAACUCGACAAGUAUUAAGCAACGAAGGUAUUUCCAAUCCGGACAAUCGGCAGAAGAGGCAAUAUCCAACUGAUCACACUCAGGAUUUCAUUGUCAACAACGUAAGACGCACUCUCUUUGAUACAGUCUCAUCUUUUACCGGUUGUAUAGAAAGUGGGAAAGAUCUAGCACGACUAAUUGAACAAGAACUCGAGGUUCUGCGGAAGGUUUUUCAUCUUCCUUUAGAGUCAGAAGAAUCUAGUUAUUUUAGAGCAGCUACAAAGUUACUCAAUCUGUAUCGUACAGGAAGGCUUGGUCAUUACACUUUAGACUCUCUUCCAAGUAAUGAUCCAACGCUUUCCCCUUGGUUAUAAUAAGAUUCAACAUAUUUCUACUUGCACAUUUUAUUAGUUGA